GACGAUGCGUACAGAGCCGAAUCUGCCGAACACUCGGCUCGCCGCACGGCAGAGGGGCUACCCAAAGUCUCGUAUAGAAACUACCUUCGCCAGUGGAAACGCUCUGAAGAUGGGCACGUGGGACGCGGGGAGCCUCGCCUCGACAAAGGAGGUAAAGGCGGGAAGGGAGGGGUAACUCCCCCGCCGCCCCCUCCUAAAAGGCGGCAAGAUGAAACAGAGGGUGGAGGAGCUCCCCCUGCUGUCAAGGCCAAGGGAGGAGAAAUAUUUCGGAAGUCUUGGCAGCUCAAGCUGCACAGCGACAGGCUCUACAGGAAAGAGAAAUGGAAGCUGCUCAAGACCUUGGCUAAUGCCGGAUACCCCGAAUUUCCUGACCAAAAACCAACUUGCGGCGGGUCCAUUUCGGAUAUCAACACCGGCCGCCUCUCGGUUUCCUCAACCAGGAAGCUGAUUGAGGGACUUAGCAGCUGCCAGGAGCCAACAGCAGCCCUCGCCAGUGCGCUGAUGACCUCGUUCCUCAAGACGAGGAAGGGUCUCAAUGGCGAGGACUUACUCCCCAAGCUGGGACCAGUAACUGCUGGAUACUGGUACAAGUUCCCGUUCACAGCGCCCAACAAGCUCGACAUCAGCGACGACCAGGUGCUCUUUGAUGCAAAGGGGAACAUGAGGGCCGGUAAGCAAACAAAGCAGCUCAUACAGAGCUUCGAGAGCGUGAAGAUUGUGGCGGUGCACCUGCGCAUCGCCACCAAGGAGAAUCUGCACGUCUCGGAGUAUCUCAUGGAGUGGGCAGGUGCUUUGGAGCUACCGCUUAGCUCGGCGAAGCAAGCUUUCGAAACCUGGGACUUGGAGAUCGACUGCCUGCACCUGCGACAGUCACCGGUAGCAGUAGCCGCCUCUAGCGCAGCGGCUUCCGGCAGCGACGUGGUGAUGACGGCGGCGGAGGAAUCCACAAGAGAUUCAAGACUGGAUGGGCAGAGAGGCAUCGAUGGGCACUGGCAGCCUGUCUCCGCCACGGGCACAAACCGACUGGCAGUGGACGCCCGGGGUGGGCCAAAGUGGAGGAGGAAAACCUCCUCGAGCCGGUAUCAGAGGAGCAACUCCCUGAUACGAAAGGCCCAGUAUCCCAAAGGAAAAGGUGGCAG